AGGCCUGUAGCGAAGUAAUGUAAGAAAAACAACGGGUGGAGCCAGUUGCUUUUUGACGUUUUGUGCAUAUAAUUCUCGACGCCUGUCUAAUGAAAUAUUAUGUCGCCAGCAUGUGUAUUAAGUGAGUAAGAAAGUCAAAGUAUCUUGAUGGUCGUUGCCAAGUCCGCGGGGCCUUCAUCGCCCGAGAUGAGUAUAGCGGAGCGCAUUUCCUCGUGCUCGAGCUCGUCCACCGGUGAGCCUCCGGGCCUACCGCGAGAGGAACGCACCGCGAGCGGUGUGAUUGUAGAGAGUGCGACACAGCUUCCCCCAGAUCCAGUCCGGAGUAGAAGCGGUAGCAAGUCGCGUCACUCGCUCGCCGCGAUGCUGGCGCCACAGCAACACUCUUCCAGGUAAGUAAGUAUGCGGUUCCCGUAUCCAUCUGGCUUUCUGUGACUACUUUUAUUUUUCGGGGAAUGCGAUUGCGAUCCUUCAUCCUUGCAUUUGGAUCUGCUUUCUUUGUAUCCGAGCUUGUUCGGGAAAUGAAAAAAUGCUCGUGCCUCGUGCUUGUCUGUCUUCUUCUUCACCCAAGAUCAAGAACAAAACUUGCAACCAUUGUAGGGCAGGACCCGUUUCUGAAACGCAGUACGUUGGGAGUGGAUGUCGAAAAUGCGGGCUUGCCAUUGCCACCGGGGUGCCCUUCAUAAUCGAAAGCCUCUCCGGGGAUCGCUACCACCAGGAGUGCUUUCUCUGCAUUGCUUGCGGGAAGCAGGUAGUCCAAAUCCAAAAAGCUUAGCACAACUGUUGACUAGCGCUCUUGGAAAUGAAUGCGUAGUUUGAACGUAAUAUUUCUCUUUCUACUGGACAAGUUCUUCUUGUAAACAAAGUUAAUGCCACCUGCUUCAUCUCGUCUCACGUCGAGCAUAUGCAUAUCGAUAUGUAUCAGGUUGACGGAGUGGAGUACAAGCCAACGCCUGAGGGCCCGCAGUGCCUCGAGUGCGCGCUUCCCCAGUGCCACCAGUGCAAAAAUCUGAUUCUUGGCACGGUGUGCAUCGCGAAAACGCCAGACAACGAGGAGCUGCACUUUCACACGCAGUGCCUGCGGUGCAUCAAGUGCGGACACGGGAUCCAGCACAAAUACAAAGCGGGCCCCGACGGGUUCCUCUGUCGCAGCUGUGCCAACCCGCACUGCGAGCGCUGCCGGAAGAUCAUCGACGGCGGGAGUCAGUACUUUUUGGACGCAGCCACGAAGGCCCCGACGUGCGCCGAUUGCCACCGUGCGCUAGUUGGAGCGCCGUCCUCCGCGGAGCUGCAGUAUCCGAGCGCGACCACGGAGGUGACAACGACCACCACGCGCAGCAGAACGCCGCUGGAUCAGAAUUUAUUUCCAAUGUCCUCGAGCAGCUCGUCCUCCUCGAGAGCGGGUCCCGGAUUUAUUUUCCCAUCGACGGGAAAAAGUGCCACUUCAACGACGACCACCAGGGCGGAGCGGCGCCCGGUCAGCACGGCCUACUACGCGGUUGUGGCUCCGCCGGAGAGCAACGUGGUUCUGUACGAUGAGGAUUUGAUUGAGCAAAAAGCGGAGGACGGAGUUGUUCCUAUUAGAGAGGCGGAACAACCCGCUGCUGCCCCCGUGUCCUCUACGACGUUCACCACAACGACAGUAGAACAUCAGAACCCCACUUCGCACGAGCCAGGGAGGCCGACGAGGCCUGUCAACAACAACAUCCCUGAUGCAGGAGAUGAAGCUAGUGGGUCCUAUCCAAGGUACGUGCUGGAGGAACAGAAACAGACGUUCACCUCGUCAAAUCCCGGGGCUCCGGACCGUGGCUUCGACAGCGCGCCUACCUUCGCGCCGCCGCUCUCAUCCGCAUCAACAGCCCGCGUGUACAACUAUCGCACUGUAGACGGCCCGCCGGCACAGAUACCGUUGCACCAGCCCCGGCCUAACGAUAUUAAUAGAGAUUUCAAUGGGGCGCCGUGCGGUCCUCGCGACCGAAGUGAAAUGCCGUCAAGUUCUUUCGCGCGGCACGACGAGCAAGUCGUCCAGCACGAAUUUGCUCCUCCUCUGUCCUCUAGACGGGGAUCAGUGGAACUAGUGGAAGUGCGCACGGUUCCACGCGCCACACAGCAGGUGGUCCGGCAGCAAGGUUGUGAAACCAUCACGACUGCGGAACCGCAGAGAGCAGUGACUGAAGAGGUGACACGGGUGCUCCCGAAAAGCAAUGCUCGGACCGGUGUUGAACCUCCACCGGUUCUCGUGAGGAGGGAAGAACAUUUCACGAGUUUGACUGCGAACGGACAGCCGCCGCGUGGUGCUAAUAUCGCAUCACCGCGGACAAGUGUUGGGACUGGCACUGCAGAGCGAGCCGUCUUUCUCCCGCCCAGCCGAGAGCCUGUAGUAUCCACUGCCCGCACGGCUCCUUCCCGUGGUCCACCCAGGGCAACGCCGGUGGAGUUCAGUUCUAGCACAACGACUACUUCUUACGGCGCCCCGCAGCUUCCGUCUCGGCACGAGCGCGGCACCGACUUCUACCCGGAAAAAAGUCGCCCAGCUGCAGCGGUUCCACCAGAGUACACCAGCACCACGACACGGGAAGUGCUUCUCGACACCACGCCCCGCCCGCGAGCAGUCGAUCAUCAGCCCGUCGUACGGACUUACCCGCCGUCGUCGUUCCCCAGCGGCCGCCCGCGAGGACCUGCGCAGGAGUACAACUUCUAUGCGCGUCCAGAAGUGGCUGUGGCGCAGCCCCAGCCCGGACCCGGGGUUCUGGGGACCGAGCAUACAACGGCCUCGUACCCGCCUCCGUCGAGGUCGUCUGCACCGCCCACCACAUACGCCUAUGCCCCAGAAACCGGAUUGCAUGCACACCAUGAAGAUGAUGGAGCAGCCUAUAAUAAUCGGGGAGACCUACUACGACCUGACGAACACUUGAUGUUCCCUGGAACGAGACGCAGUAGCAAAGAUACAGAUGAGCAGACCCGAUUCUACUAUCCGACGAAUCCGCUUCCGCACACAGUUGUGCACGAUCAGUCGGAAGCCUUCCCCUUUCAGGGAGAGGCACCACCAACGAGUUCCUACGGCGCUCCUGGGAAUCCGCCGCGGCAUGCACCGCCCGACUUCGCGCACUACAAUCAUUUCGAUACUGCGAGGACGGGUGAGCAGCUACCAUCGUAUCCGGUUCGCGCGGCGCCGCCGCCUCCUUCGGAAUCAUACCACUAUGGCCAGCACCAGCUCCCGGUGGAGCACUCCACCCGAGAAGUCGUAUACUACACCCCGCCACCGCCCCCAGAGCGAGCUAUUGUUCCAGACAACGGAAGAACAACUCAACACGCGUCCUAUCCGCCUGUGCCGCCGCAACAGCCGACGAGUGCUGCUCAUCCUCACCCGCCGCCAUCGAGCAGACAGCACAACUACAGCCAGGAAAUUUUUCACCACGCGCCGCCGGCGCCGCACUUUUACACGACGACGCACGUCCAGCACCAGCCGCAUCCGUACAACCCAGCACCCGGCGCAAUGCGCCCGGUAACGCGGACGCAAUCGUACGAGUAUUACCAACCGGCCCCGGAACAGCACGAGGACGAGGGUCCCGUGACGUUCUUUGCUCCAGAUGGGAGGCUUUUCCAGGAGGUGGAUCCCAGCAGCAUGCAUGCGCCCGGUCCUGCUCGCAGCAAAAGCCGUUCGAAGACGAAAAAGCGUCGGGAACAGGAGCGUGCCAGCAGCCGCUCCAGGUCUUCUUCAUCUUUGGGUUCUCCGACCAGGAGGUCGUCGUCGUCCCGCCGGCGCGGGCGGAGAAGAUACGGCUCGGGCCGAAGAGGCGGCGGAAAUCACCGCGGCGGUAGUAGUAGGCGCCGGCGUCGUGGGGACAAUCGCGACGGAGAAGAAUUAUUUGGAGAUCCCAGAAGUACUAGAGGGCACAAAUACAACGACCAAAAUUAUGAUCCGUAUUGCGACGACUGGGCGGACCAAGCAGGCAAUUCGCGCAAUCCGACGCCGCCGACGACUACAAGCACGCAGGCCAGCAGCGGGCCGCGAUGGAGCGGCAGGUUCAACGACGAAAACGUGUUUGACGCAGCAGCUUCAUCUCAGAUGAACAAGGAAAAUGUCCGCAAUCAUGCGGCUGAGGGCAAUUAUAGCAACAACUCUGGUGCAGCCGGCGCAUUCGGGUCGCAGGGCGCCCAAAAAGCGGCCUCGCCUGCGGACCUUCAGGAGCACGAAUUUCUGACGCGACUACAGAGCCAGAAAACUUCAAAUGCGCGGCUGCUCGGACCAUUUAUCGGUCCUCCUCCCCCCGGGGCGAGAAUCGUGCCCGCUUUUUGAAGAUGUUUCAAGCGUUCUUGUGUCCGAGCAUGCACUCCACCGAGUUUCUAUGAACCAAAUUUUGAAGCCGCGAAUUUCUGUACCUGCCAUACAGCAUAAAAAUCCAC